UCACCUCCCUGAGGAGCGGGAGGCGGCUGAGGGGCGAGCGGGAGCCUCGGGGCACCCGCGGGCGCGGGGGGCUCAGGCUGGGCUCGGGUGGGCAGCCCGGUGCCGCGCUGCUGCUGGUCCGUCGGGUGAAGCGCCGUCCCCGAGGGGCAAGAGGAACAGCGCGUGGGUGUCGGCUGUUUUACUGACAGCACUUUGUCCCCGAUCCUGCAGAUACACAGGUUUCAUCUUUCAUUCUUACUGGUCCUGCUUUGUACCAUUUUGCUGAUCCACAUUUGCUUGAAGGGCACAGCUGGCCUCUAGAUUUGGCCUCUAAGUAGACAGGGCUGUAGUAAGUAUCUUUCUGAAGCCCUGUUAGCAUAUCAUGAAGAUCCUGCUCAUGCUCUACAUGAACUGAGGUGCUUAACUUAUGGUCUAGAGACCUCUGAAGAAUCAACUUGUGAAAGCAAGUGGGGUCCUUGGAGAGACAAUGUGCACUACUAAAUGGCUGUGAAUUAAGUGUCAGAACAGCAUAGCAGAGCUCACUCUGUUGACCUCAUUGAAAUCUGGAGAAUGGAGAUCUCUGAGGUGGUAGAAGGGAACUGGUGAAAUUUGCCAGUCACAGAUGAUGCAAACCUGAACUGAAUCUGAUAUCUCCCCCUGGCCUUACAGUGUCACUAGGCCACAGUGUUACUGGAACCUGCAGGCCAAUGGAUGAACAGGACAAUGAUUUUAAAGAGUUGUGGGCAAAUCUUUUGGGUAGAGGGAAGAAACAAGCUGGGGGUGAUGAGGCAGCAAAGAGAGCUCAGAACAGGUCAAAGAGAACUGCAGCAAGAAACAAAUCAAGAAGAGGCAAAGCUGCUGCUCAGAGCCAAAACCAUCUUCACUUACCAGCAGCGAAGGAAACAAACUCGCCUCAAGAUUUGGGUUUAAAGAAACAAGCUUCAAUGCACAAAGAAGAUGCUGAGCCUGUGGCCUGUAUUAAUGAUGAGACUGCACAAGAGGAUGAAAAGAGAAACCCUUUCCCUGCCAGCCAGCUGAGUACAGUGGCCAGUGAGUGCAGCCAGAGGACUCUAACAGUAAAUACUCUGAGUGGCUGUUCCCAGACUACAUUAUCCUUCCAUCCUGCUACACAGCCAGGGACCUGCUCUUCACCCACCUCAAAGGUACCGUCACUCGCAGGGUCGAAGUUGCGGGUAGCAGAGCUGGUAGUGGAGAGAAUGCAGCAGUUCAAGAGGGUGGCACCCGAGCAGCUAAAGCACAGCACAGAUGAGAGUUUGCCAAAGUCUGUAGCCAGCAGAGAUUUCCCUGAUGAAAGCCAGGAGCAGAACCCUCCAGAGAAUGAUACCCACCACCUUCCAUCCAUGGAGCACGACAGUGCUUUGGCUUUGGCUCUUCAGCAGGAAACCAAAGAGGAAGCCCUGGCGAGCCUGGAGGAUGCAGGCUUGUUUUUUUGUCAGAUCUGCCAGAAGGAUCUCUCGGCCAUGAACGCAGUGCGGCGAGAGCAGCAUGUUAACAGGUGUCUGGAUGAGAUGGAAGAAGCGCAGAUGUCAUCCUCCAGCAAACCACUGGUCCCUGAGUGUCCCAUCUGCGGGAAGCAGUUCCAAACCCCACAGAGCCGAGUCAGUCACUUGAAGCGCUGUGCUGUCGAGAUGGAUGUUCCUCCUAACCUGCUUCUUCAGGCGGUGCAGUUGCAGGUGUCCACACUUGGUGAUGCACCUCCUCAGUGUCCCAGCAAUCAACCAAGCAGGUCAAAGCGAAAAGGCUCCUUCAAAGAGGACUCAAAGAAAAUGCAGAAGAGGGCCAAAAUGGAGACUAAGGAUGAAGAUUUGCUGGUUGCUAUGGCAAUGUCACGCUCUCUGUUGGAGCAAGAAAAGCAGGAACAAGCAAAAUCAGUUACAAAUGUGAAACCAGUGGCUGCUUUGCCAAUCAAAUGGAAGCCAGGAUCAGAGAAAAAACGGCGUAAAAGAGGCCCAACUGCACCUCCACCAUUACUGCUUCAGGACCCGGAGAAGGUCCGCAAAAGGAUCCAAGAGCGAGUAGCUAUGCUGCUCGCAGAAGAGAUGGAAUUCCCUCCUACCCCUCCACUUCCCCGCAGUAGGAUUUUGGAGGAUGAAUCUGGGAAAGCAACCUGGCUCUUGCCAUUGUCCAAAACCAGGGAGUGCUUUUUAUGGAAUAUCAGCACUCUGACAGGACCCUGUGACCCGGAAUUGUUCUACACUGCUGCAUUAACCCCUCCAAUUGUACCUUGGAAGCCUGUGCAGAAUCAUAAGCCAGAGAACCUUCUGCCAUCUAUGGAAUCUGAUCAGCCAAAAGUAACCCAGCAAAUUCAGCCAGACCUCAGUUCUCAUGAGCCCACUUGCACAGAGGUUGGAGGCCAAACUUCUGAUGAAUCCAAUUCCAGCCCUGAAGAAGAUAGGCAGUUUUUAUCUAACAGCCAGAAGGAUGUUCAGACCCUGCAGGACCUAGUUGAGUUGGCCAAGGAAGGACUUACCCUUACUCAGUGGAACCUUGAUGUUGACCACGUUCAGGCAGCAGAACAGCCAGGAAAAGAACUGACUUCCAGUGAUAUUCCACAUAGUGGCUUCGUGCCCCCAUCCAAAGAGAAUGGCCUUCUGAUGAGCAGCUGUAAAAGAUCCUCUCUCAGGUUGCUGGCUGAAGAUUUCAGUGCAAUGGUCAACAACCCCCACUUAAGUGAUGUCCAGUUCCAGGUGGACUGUGGGGAAGUCCUUUAUGCUCACAUGUUUGUGUUGUACGCACGGUGUCCAGAGGCCGUUCAAGUUGUUCACAGCCAAGGGUUCUUAGUGGAGGAGGACGGGAACGCGCAGACACGCCGUGUGCUGCUGAGUGACGUGACAGGGGAGGCAGUGUGUGCGUUCCUGCGAUACCUUUAUGCUGCUGAUGCCAACAUCCCUGCUGGGGUGCUGCCCCAGGUGGGGGCUCUGGCUGCCAGGUUUGGUGUGAGGGAACUGAUGGCAAAGUGUGAAAACAACACUGGAGAGAGUCAGGUGUCCUCUGGAGUGGAUUCAGAAGAUGAUCUUAUCUCUGUGAGGGAUGACAAAGAUUGUGAGGACAGAGCUGAGAACUUCCAAGACCUCUUGAAGUCAGUGUGGGUGGGUGAAGAUGAGGAAGAAGCAGCUAUGCUGAACCCUGAGUGCCAGAAGGAAGAUGAUGAUGGGAUGGGCGAACAGGAGCUGGAAGAAAUCUAUGAGUUUGCUGCAACUCAGAGAAGGAUGCUUCAAGGUGAGACAGAGGUGAGCGAGGGAACAGACUGCAGCAUCUCCAGUGAUACUGAGGCAGCCCAAGGUACAAACCAGCACACUGAGGAGGAAGACAUAAAGAGAUCUCAAUCUGCUUCAAUAACCAACAGCUUCAAAGAUUUGAGGGAUGACAAUGAUGUGGAAGGAUCUAAAUGUGACUCGUGUGCACAAGAAGAGAAAAUGCAGAGUAUAAAUAGGUGCGAGAAUGUGAGUGAUCCACAGACCACUUUUGUGCCUCACCACAGUGAAUCACAAAAAUGGGACAUAACAUCUCACGGUGCCACCGCUAAUGAGGGAGAGACUGUUAGGAGAUGUGAAGGUGUGAAGGAUUCCAAGUCAUUUCAGGCCUCACAUGACGAGGCAGAUCAUUGUGAAAAACAGUUUCCUAGCUUCCAUGGUGAUACUAAUCUAAAUGAAAGUUAUGAACGCUUGUUUUCUGCAACUCAGGGAGAUUACUGUGAGCCUUCCCCAAUGAAAGAAGUUAUCAAAGAGUCAGGAAAGGCCCCUAGUGAAAAACAUGUUGAUGUUAAUAAUUCACUUAUGUACAGCAAGUCACAAAAAGACCUCUCUCCACGUAGGAGCAGUUUUUAUGGGAGUCCUCCUCCCAAACCUUAUUUGCCCCUUUUUCCUGCUGUUGGCUCUUCACCUGCAUCUCCAGAAUCAGAGAGAAAGUUUGCCGGAGAACACCUGUCAACACCAAAGCGAAACAAAAAGGAAAAAUCAUUCCCAUCUGAUGAAAUACACUUUCAGAAAACCAACGAGCUGGAUACUGCAUCAAGAAACAAGAACACAAUUUCUCCAGCAGAGCUUCCCCACAUUGAUUUAAACAAGCAUACAUCACUGGUUGUCAGAACUCAGGAUGCUGCAGCUCAGGGGAACAAGGAGGGCGAUGUUAUUGUUUUAUCUUCUGAUGAUGAAAUGGAGUUACAACAAGACAAGAAGUUGCCAGAGUCAGGCUCUGCUCUGAAGAAGAUGGAAAUCCCUGAGCAACUGAAAUGUACAAACGCAGAGCAGGGUCCUGAGAUACCAACACCUGAGCUAAACUCAUCAGUCACUGAAACAGAGCAGAGAUCGACCCAGGUCUCACCUGGCAUUACAGACACAGUGCAUAUAAGUAAUGAUUUAAAGAUGUCCGCCGAAUUGCCUCACAGCAGACAAACAAAUAUUUGUACAGAGAGCAAACAGAGUCCAAACCUGAGCCCUCAAAAAAGGCUCAGUCAUGAAAUGUCUUCAGGUACAGACAGCUCCUGGCUAGUGCCAGGCACACCGGUUUUGAGCAAAAGCAGAAGUUUCUCAACACAGACUCAGAUCACAAGUAUUAAUUUUUUAAAGAAUCCGGGAUCUAAACUCAGCACAACGAACUUAGCAGCAGGUAAUAGUAACCAUGAAACGACUGGAAAUUUAAUAAAAGUUCAUGAAACAACAUUGUCAGACAAACAUUUGCCUGUGGAGAACUCAGUCAGUGAAAGGAUCCCUCCCAGCAACCCAGCAGCAGAAUCAUUUUCCAAGAACUCGCCACCAGUUUCUCCAGUGGAUCCAGUUCUCUCCCCUGGCCACACCAACAUAAAAAGCACGUGUGCCAAGAUCCCAUUUUUAUCCAAACCUGUGCCUCUGUGCCAUGAGCAGUCAUUGGAAGAUAAAACAAAUAUCAGUGUGAUUGAGAUAGGGGACAGUGAAAAGGAAGUAAGUCUGUCUUCUUUGAGCAGUAGUGUCUUGCUUUGUGACGAGCCCCCAGUCCCCGUUGAUGACUGCUGGCGUGUUGAAUAUCUGUCGCCAGUCAGAGGUGGCAGCCAGGACUCUGGCCAGGUCAGCCGUGCGAAGACCAGUGCUGCCAGCUGCCCCAGACCCAGCCCUUGGCAUGACCAGUGGGAGAGCCCAGUCCAAGGGCAGGAAAUUAAGGGCAGUACCCCUCUUCGAGGAAGUCCUGUUGGCAGAAGAACAACUUUGCUCUGUCUUGAAAAGAGUCCUAUUGAGACAUGUUCAUCAGUGGGCAGUAGAGCGAGUUACCUGAACUCCAAAAUCUGGGAUGACUGGAAUGGAGAGGAAGAGGAAGCUGAAUCUCCAGAGGUGCUUCCUCUGUCUCAGAGGUUGUCAGCUGCAGCAGGUGCCCGUCAGACAGAUCCUGUAAAGACUCCUGAAUCUUCCUGUCAGGAGAACAACAAGCCUCCCAGCACUCCAAUGACACCAAUGCCAGCUUAUUCCAUCAUGGAGACCCCACAGCUGAAGAAGGAAUUGAGCAGAUUUGGAGUUCGUGCUCUCCCAAAACGCCAGAUGGUGUUGAAGCUGAAGGAGAUAUUUCAAUAUACUCACCAGGACGUGGACUCUGACUUUGAGGAUGAAAUCCCACCUUCCCAGCCUGCCCUGCAGAAGUCCCCGGCCACACGCUCUAGGCAGCCCAAGGCAGGCCGGACUGCGGAUGGAAAGCGUGCCGGUCCCUCGAGGGCUGCGGGCAAAAAGAAGCAGGUUGCCACAGCUUCUUCAGUGCUCCCUGUGGGGAGGGCUGAUGAUGGCCUUGUUGGAUCCCAUGACACAGGCUGUGCAGCACCCAGGGAGGGAACUGAAAUGACACAUCCCCCAAAAGGAGCCAAAGAGCAGAAAAAGUCAUCCGCACCUCCAGAGAGAUGGUCUCUGGCAGCUGAUGGUGAGGAGCCAAUGCUCUCGGCAUCUCAGGAGUCUGCAGUUUCUUCAGGGGAUGGAAGCGACAUCUCUUUUGGUUCACAGAGUUCUUUUGUGAAUGGGUUUGAAGCCUGUGCUUUUGUAUCCGAGGAGGAGGAAGAAGACCUUCCAGCAUCUCAGGCAGCAGCUCGAGAAGAAGAAACGUUGGAGGCAGUAAGGUGCUACAUCCGUUCAAACACAGCCCUGUACAACAGGGUUCUCUUUUAUGAGCCAAUUGAGUUGGCUGAUCUGCAUACAGAGCUGAAACAAAAUGGCAUUAAAAUUUCCAAGGCAAAGCUGCUGGACUUUUUAGAUGCUCACUGUAUCACAUUUACCACUGCCAGAGCCCGCAGAGAGAAGGAACAGAAUAGAAAGGGGAAAAAAAAACAGAGGAGACGAUACUGAAUGGAGCCCACUCCUCCAUCAUGAAAAUUUUUUACGUGGAGGCCUUCCUGAUAAGCUGGAAACCCGAUUCCAGGCUGGUGCAAGCAGCGGUGCUGUGAUCAGUGGGUGCACUGCUCCUCCUUGUGGCCUGCUGUCCAGAUGACGAGCUGGAGAAUGGGUCUGAGCUGAGCUCCUGUUCCCAGCCCUCCGAAUUGCACGAACUCCUCUGUCGCUGUCCUACCUUCAACACACCGGUCAUCUGGAGCCUUUUUUUCCUCUCAGCUUUCCUCCCGUGCCUUUUCUUUUCUUUCCAUUUUUCUAAUAGGUUUUAGGUCCCUGACUUUUCUUCAUGUUGGUGCUUCUAAAGGCAGGUGCUUCCCCCAGUGACACUUGCCAAGACCUUUUUCUUGGACUUGGGCUGUGAAACACUUCACCCUUCAAGUUCCAGUAUUCAGCAGAAUAACCUGCCUGCAAGAAACCAGUCCCCUUUCCCCUCUGUAGAGCACUGAGUGCUUAGACCCCAGUGACUUCUGUCUUCAUUUCUUCAGCAUAGUUUGCCCUGCUAAUUGUUAAGGCAGGGAGCACUGUGGAAGUACAAUGCCUUCCUUCUGUCCCUGGUUCAGUUUGCAAUCUCUGUUAAAACUCCUUAAUUGGUGUUUGUUAAAUGGCUGCGAAACAGUGGAGGUGUUUUUGUAGUGUAUUUGUGAUGUCUCCCAGAAGUGCCCUCUGACACCAGAUGUCAUGUGAAAGCCCUUUAGAUGCGAACAUUCGGUUCUAUGUGUUCACUUGCAUGCUGGAUCUGUGUUAAAGAUACCAUCUGCUCUGUUUUCUAAGGACCAUUUUACCUUGUCAGUGUAGCUUGAGUACGUCCUCGACGGAGAUGUUUUUAAGAAGAGAAUAUUACAGUGACCACUGGCUCUCUUCAGCACUUCUUACAACCUGAUCUAAACCCGCUUCUCUGAUCAGUCUCAUUUCCAAACUGGACUGAUCUUAGGCUGCAGACUGUCUGGGACUCUUGGGGAAGUCUUGGACUCUAAAUUGUCAUCCUUUAUGUAUUUACUUUUACAACAUCUUCUGACUUUUGUCUGUUCUGGCAGUUCUGAGUCUGCAAAGAGUCUCACUUGACAAAAUGGACACGACACGUCAGAAAAAGAAGCUCGAUUUCUAAACAUAUUUAUGUAUUUGGAACAUACAAAUAUUUUUUCUAUUUUUGAUACAGUAUAUCCCCAGUUUGAUUUAUAUUAUAUAUAAUAAACAAUUUGUAAGGUGCUAAUGAUAAACUAUAACUUGUGACAGACUGGGGGGGUGGUUCUUAGUGGCAGCACUGGGUCUAGCUGAGAGCAGCAGAGGCCACAGUCUGUGCCUGUACUGGCUGGAACCCCGAGCAGAGACCUGGAGGAAGAGGAGUUGUCACGGGCACCCAGCAGCAAGGAGAGGUGCAGUGGGAGAGGUCACCCAGCACUGGCUACCUGGAGAGAGAUGAGCUGCCCGGCUGAGCUGGGCCGUGCAGCCCAGAGAGUUUUAAGAAGGGAGCAGAUACGUUCCUGGCUUUGCACAAAGCUUCUGUCUUACCAAGAUGCACCAUGUGGGCUCUGAGUGAGCUUUGGAAAACAGAGCUUCUAAACUUGCUGUGACAAUCAAAUGAUCGGUGGGAUCGAUUAUGGAUACUCCUUUGCAGCUACCACCAUGUUGGUUUGUGUACUGUCACAUUUCCUGCCUGAAAAAAUAGUCUUGAUAGGUUUAUUCUGAAAAGCUGUGCUGCAGAUGUUUACUUAAUAAUCUUGCAGGUGGGAAGAGAGCUGUUUUCUGGGUGUCCACUUACUCCAGAAGUCACUCUGUCUUGAUGGCAUUUCUCGAGUGGGUGUGAUCCAUCACCGCAGUCUCUGCCAUGGCCAAGACCCACGUAGGGGCCAGUUUUAACUGCAAAACAUGAGAAUGCUGUAAAGCACAGAGUGGUGACUGCUGUGCCUUCCCCUUCUACUGAGUCAGGAGAGCUUAUAGUGCCAGCACUUAGAUAUUGAAGGGAUAAAUCCGAGACCAGUUCUUUGAGGGGACUGGAGCUGUUCUGUAAAUGCAUUUCAAAUGUGUUUGCUUGCUUUUCAGAUCAUUCCUUCAUAAAAGUUCUCUCAGAGGCGUUGCAUAUAAGCUGCUUGUUGUUCAGUGAAACACAAAGUGCCUGGGAGAGGGGACACAGGCCUCAGCAAAGACCUCCCCGAUUCAGUUGCUGCCCCCGGGAGGGGGUUUCAGAGGUACCUGCAGCAUUUCUCUGCUCAGGUUCCUCACCUCUCCAGCUGCUCUGCUGCCCAGUCAGUCAUCUUGUAAGCUUAGAUUACUAAGGGUUCUCACUAAGGCUUUAAGGGAUUGCUAAAGAUGUAAGCUAGUGCCUAAGCUGGGCAGAAGCCCGCUCCUCCUUUCCCAACACCACUUUGGGGACCCAGGAGGCUCCGGCAGUGCCCCCGGGAGUUCUGCAUCUCUUGGAACGGGCGCUGAGCCCACGUACAGAUGUCCAGAGCUCUGCUUUGAUCUCCUCUAGAUACGUUUUUCUCCCUAGAAAGCGCUGGCCGCUACCGUGUCUUGUUCCCCCAGCUGCUGCGAGGAAGGGUCCCUGUUGCCCCCGGGUGACCCCGCGCAGCCACGCAGAGCUGAACUCCCGCCCUCCACAGGUACCCAGGGAGAAACCCCUCGCCUGCAGGAAGAGCCUUCGGCGGCGACGGCGGAGGGAGCUCCAGCGG